UGGUGGUGCUGGUGGUUGUGGGAGGAGAUUAGAGGUGGUGGUGCGUUCUUUGAAAUCGCGACGUGCAUACAUCGCUACAAAUAUAUACACACACAUAUACAGAUUUCGACGACAUCGUGGAUCGACUAUGAGAGAGAAAAACGAAAAAUGAAGGGUGUACUCUUUACCCUGUGUCUAUUGUUUUCGGUGCAAGGACUGGCCCGGGGCACUUCCGAUCACGGGAUGCACCAGAACCACCCGCUGGACCCGCUCGACCGUGGACCGUACUUCGACGUCACGGCGACUAGGAAUGUCACCACGCUGGUCGGGAAAACAGCCACCUUAAACUGCCGGGUCCGGAACCUUGGGGAUCGUACGGUGUCCUGGGUGAGGCACAGGGACAUACACCUGCUGACCAUCGGCGUCGAGACGUACACCUCCGACCAGCGUUUCAUCGCCACCCACUUCCCACGUACCGAGGAUUGGACCUUGCAGGUGAAAUACACACAGCGACGUGAUUCCGGGACGUACGAGUGUCAAGUGUCGACGACACCGCCGAUCGGUCAUUCCAUGCAUCUCUCGGUGGUCGAGCCAGUCACGUCGAUCGUCGGCGAGCCGGAGAUGUUCAUAAACAGGGGCAGCACGAUGAACCUCACCUGCGUGGUGCGUCACAGCCCGGAACCGCCGACAGCCAUAUAUUGGACCCACGAUGACAAGAUGAUCAACUACGACAGUCCGAGGGGCGGUGUAUCAGUGAUCACGGAGAAAGGAGAAGUUACAACCUCGUAUCUUCUGGUGCAGCGUGCCCAGCCUGCAGAUAGCGGACAGUAUACCUGCCAUCCGAGCAACGCUAACACGAAGACCGUCUUGGUGCACGUGCUUAAUGGGGAGCAUCCAGCGGCCAUGCAACACGGCGGUCAACUCAGGCUCGCAAAUCUGCCGUUCGUGCUGAUCUCGACGACCCUGUUGGCUUUCCUGAAUCAUCGUUAUUAA